UCUGAGCUCUUUCAUUCCUGAUUCCUUACUGUAAUCAUGCUCUCAGAGCCCUCUGCAGCAAACAAAGUUGCUGAUUAUGAAGCGGACACUUCCUUCCUUGGAGAAUGGGGACGUUUCCAGCAGCGCGUGUUUUUCCUCCUGUGCCUGAGCGUCAUCCCUAAUGGAUUGACUGGUCUCUCCAUCGUUUUUUGGGCGGACACGCCGGCGCACCGCUGCAUGCUGCCUGCGCACCUGAACCUCAGCGCUGCGUGGAGAAACAGCAGCAUCCCGCUGGAGGAGGAUGCGAGCCGCGGCGGGGAUCUGGUGCCCAGCAAGUGCUUCAGAUACAAAUUGGAGCAUUUGCUGAACUAUUCAGAAACAGGUUUGCUACCUGGAGUGGACGUUAAUCUGUCUAAUGUGCCGAAAGAAGGCUGCUUGGACGGAUGGGAGUUUGACCACAGCGUGUAUACAUCUACUAUUGUGACUGAGUGGAACCUGGUGUGUGAUGACAGCUGGAAGACUCCACUGACAUCUUCUAUCUUCUUCUGUGGUGUUCUCACUGGCUCCUCCAUUUCAGGACAGCUCUCUGACAGGUUUGGGAGAAAGAUAGCGCUGUUUGGUACCUUAGCCCUGCAGGGAGUAUCCAGAUUCAUUCAAAUUUUCUCUCCAAACUGGACCGUUUUCUGUGUUUUGUAUUUUAUUGUGGGGAUGGGUCAAAUUUCAAGUUACAUGGUUGCAUUUGUUUUAGGAGUGGAGAUACUAAGCUUUCGUGCGCGAACAAUUUUCUCCACGGCUGGAACAAACCUGUUUUUUUGUUUGGGCUACAUGCUUCUGCCGUUGCUUGCAUUCUAUGUCAGAGACUGGAGGACGCUAAUUCUUGUAUUGACCCUACCAAGUUGCCUAUGUUUGCCUCUCUGGUGGUUUAUCCCAGAGUCUCCUCGAUGGUUGCUCUCCCAGGGAAGAAUAGAAGAAGCUGAGGCCAUCAUAAGAAAUGCAGCUGAAAUGAACAACAUUGAGCCUCCAGCUGUCAUCUUUUGCCCUUUACAGAAUGGAGUUAAAACAGAGGACAGGAGGAGCUACAACAUCUGUGACCUGAUUCGUUCUCCAAACAUCCGCUGGAUCUCGAUCACGCUGUGGGUGAUCUGGAACACCCUCGUCAUCGGCUACUUUGCUCUUUCCCUGAACACGUCGAACCUCCACGGGAAUGUCUACUUCAACUGCUUCCUGUCGGCCCUUGUGGAGAUACCAGCCUAUGUUCUGUCCUGGGCUAUGUUUCACUGGUGUUCUAGACGAAUGAGUGUCUUCGCUUCACUCUCUUCAGGGGGAUUAUUUCUACUCAUCAUACAGCUCGUACCUGCACAUUUGGUGUUUCUCUCCAUUACAUUUGAGAUGAUGGGGAAGUUUGCUGUAACAACUGCCUUCUCUGUUGCCUACGCCUACACCGCAGAGCUGUACCCAACUGUGCUGAGGAAUACAGCUUUUGGCGCCUGCUCCAUGGCCUCUAGAAUUGGAAGCAUUAUAGCUCCAUUUUUUAUUUAUUUAAGAACCUAUUACAUCUACCUGCCUUACAUCCUAAUGGGAAGCCUCACAACUGUGGCAGGGUUGCUGAGUCUCCUGCUGCCAGAGAGCUUUGGAAUGCCACUGCCGGAAACUAUUAGUCACAUGCAACAAUUCCCUGGGUGUUGUCAGAAGACACCUUACAUCCUAACACAUACUAAGGAGGAGGGAAAAGCUGUUGAAGUGAGGUCUCUAGUCAGACGGAGCAAAUCUGACUUCAAACAAAUGAGCGGUGAUGAAGCUCAUGUAUGAGAUAAUCCCUCUUUGAUUUGAAAAAUCAUACAGGGGUCAUACAUCCACUGUAUGAGUACAAGGGCUUUCUCUUUUCUCCACAUACUUUUUCUCCAUUAAUGUAACGCUGCCAUAGUUGAUUGCACUGAUAGACUCACAAUGGUACGGGAACAUAAACAAAGGUUAGCAUGGAAAGUUUUUCAACUUACCUUAAAUUUUUGUUAUAUAAACCUGUACAACUGUCACACAUUUCUUGUCAAUAUUUUUCUACAUUGUUUCUGAUUGAAUAUAGAGUGGGCUAAAUAAACCUUUACUUUUUAACACUUCUAUUGUAGAAAACGCAUUUGUAAAAUUGUAAUAAAAUCUUCUUGUAUUCACUUUUAAGGGUUACCAUCCCAAACCAUGAUUAGAAAAAAACAGUCCCAAUUUGAGUCAAGUUUACACUUUUUUGUAGUGGUAGGUGUGCUGCAUACUGCCCAACCAGGAGGACUAUUCUGAUAAGGGUCUUUCAUAGAAUUUAUGUUUAGUUCUCAACUUGACCACCUUAUGUCCCCCCCCCCCUUUUGGGGAUUUUGCAUGAUUGCAUCAUAUCUUAAUGGGAGACGGGAUAAUUCUCAUUAUUUUCAAUCUCAGUUUGAUACCAUUCCUUUGUACUCAUCUUUUACAUUUUAUUUUAUGUAUUGUAGGGAUUGUACGAGUAAUAUAAAUUACUAUUGUUACACAUAUAAUGAGAAAAAAGCUUUUAUUGUAAAAUUAAUUAAUUUCAAACUGAUUUUUUUUCGCUAAGCAAAAAAAUAUUUGAGCAAAGAAACAAAGAAAAAAGAUAGAUAAUUAGCUGGGUACCUUUCUUGUAUCAGCUGAUGAGAAAUAUUGCAAAGUAACCACAUUACGGUGGAACUGUUAUCUGUUUUCUUAUAUGCAUUUGCAUCUUCUUGGAACUAUUUACAACAAAGGUUAUUAGUUAAUCUCAAAAGGGUAUAUCCAAAACUGCAUACAACUGUAUUUGUGUGUCAAGCUAGAAAUUCAUUCAUCUUUUCCACAAAAUUAUCUUUAACUUUAACAAUUUUGGUGCAAAAAAACAUAGUAUUAACUUGCUUGAUAGUCAUACCUGUUAUUAUAUUUUCUUCAUUGAACCUUUCCAACAAAACUUAUUGGGAGUUGUUCUAUUGUUGUUGAAUGCAAGCCAGCUCCCUCUUCUAGAUCCCUUCAUCAGUGGC